CGCAAAAUCGUUGGAACAUCGAUUCGGUUGAUUCGUGUCCUCGAGCGCCGAUUCGCCCUUCCUUUCUCCACGAUAAUUCGUACGCGACAUGUGAAAAGAUAUCGAGUCGUCAAUAAAAUUGGAAAAUUGGAUAUUUAUCCGUCGAAAAGAAAUCGCGUAUUUUCCACUUCUUUCCACGAAUAAAAGAAAUUUUUUUCACUUCAUCGUUUGUAAAUGAUUUGUUGGUUCGUUGGAUCGUAAUUUCUUUCUUUCUUUUUUUCUUCCUUUUUUCUUUUUGUCGUUUUAAGGGAGCAUAUCUUCGCAUCGUUAUCACGCAAAACUUAAUUAUUUAAAACGUUAUUUUCAUCUCGUCACAAACGCGACGACAAUAUUAAUGUACGAAUAUACUUUCUUUAAUUACAUUCACCGUUGAAUUUACAAUACGUAGAAUCAUAAACGAGCAUUCGUAUAUGUAUAUAUAUAUAUACACCUUGCAUAUAGAAAACAGGAAACAGAAAUUGCAUAACCUUGUAAUUCAAUUUCUUAAAUAAUCGUAAAAAAAAUUACGAAAUAUGUUUAAGAACGUUAAAACGAAGUAUCGAAACGUAAAUUAUUCGUUUUUUUUUAGUAUUCGUAACGUAUAUUUUCGUUUAUCCCUGUUACAAGAGGAGGGGGAAAUUAGGUUCGAAAUCAUUGGGUAAUUGGCAUCGGUGGAUGGUGAACCAGGACACGAUCGAGGGAAUCGGUACUCGGUUAAAUGUGAACGCGUUACGUAAAAUGUUUAAUUAUAAAUACGGUCGGCGGUGAGAUGAUCGUUGCCCGUUACGCAAAAGGCACUAUACACUGUUGACAUUGUCGUUCCCUCGCCUCGAUUCGCGGCCUUAAAAACCCGGAAACGGAUUUAUCUAAUCACCGCGAACGAGGUAGAAGUUGGAAAGGACUAUUCUACACCGGAGAGCGUUGGUCGGCCUUGCAGACGUUGCACAAAGUGUCGAGCAAGGCGCGCGAGCAAAACUACUUCCUAGGUGGGCUGUCGCACGACUGGGUCAGUUACUAUGAGCAACGAAUCGAGAGCGAUCGCUCGUGUCUCAACGAGUGGCAUGCUAUGGACAACUUGGAAUCUCGAAGACCACCGUCGCCGGACAGCGUACGCACCAAACCCAGAGAAAGGGACGAGACCGAGCGGGUGAUCCGUUCGACGUUGAAGGAGAUCAUGAUGUCCGUGGAUCUCGACGAGGUCACUUCCAAGUACAUUCGAGGUCGCCUCGAAGAGGACCUCGACAUGGAUCUCGGGGAGUUUAAACCGUUCAUCGAUCAGGAGAUGCUCACCAUUCUGGGCCAGAUGGACGCCCCGACCGAGAUAUUCGACCACGUUUACCUAGGGAGCGAGUGGAACGCGAGCAACUUGGAGGAGCUCCAGAAGAACGGGGUGAGGCACAUAUUGAACGUGACACGGGAGAUCGACAAUUUUUUCCCCGGGAUGUUCACGUAUUUGAACGUACGCGUGUACGACGACGAGAAGACGGAUCUUCUGAAGCACUGGGACGACACGUUCAAAUACAUCACGAAGGCGAAGAAGGAGGGGUCGAAGGUGUUGGUCCAUUGCAAGAUGGGGGUGUCAAGGUCGGCCUCAGUCGUGAUCGCGUACGCGAUGAAAGCGUACAAUUGGGAUUUUUCCCAGGCGUGGAAACACGUGAAGGAGAAGCGGAACUGCAUCAAACCGAACAACAGUUUUCUCCUUCAAUUGGAGACGUAUCAGGGUAUAUUGGACGCGAUGAAGAACAAGGAGAAGCUUCAGAGAUCCAAGUCGGACACGAACUUGAAAUCGCCCACGUCGCCCAAGGACGGUGGAUCCUUGAAGAAGGAGGAGAAGUCCGGGAAUACGGACGACGACGACGACGACGGGUUACGGGGAGCCGAAUUCUCGGGUUCCGAGUUGAAGAAGACCGGGCAAAGGCCGAAGAGUUGGUCGCCGAACGUGAAAAUUUCCGAGACCAUGCUGCCCUCUGUGCCUCUCUCGCAGUCCCUGGAGAGCAUCGACAAGGCGGGAGGAGGGAGCGCGGAGGUGACCAGGGAGGACCUUCUUCGGUCGAGAGUGGUGGGAGGUGGCCGGAAAGGCGGCGCGGGGGGGUCGCAGGAAGGGAGGAACGUUUUGAUGCCGUGCGACAACGGGCAAUCGUACAGCGUGUCGCAGAACAAGAUCGUCCACCUGCCAGGGCCCCUCCCUCCACCCCCACUCCCGGCCCCGGACAGGGGCGUGGGGGGAGCGAGCAAGAACGUGAAGAAUCGGGUGAACGAGCUCGAGUCGGAGACGCAGCAACGAAGCGGGCAGAGAAGGAAAGGACUCGUGUUGAAUUUAACCAAUCAAUUCGAGGCGGUGAGCAGCAAACCAUCCUCGCCGAGUUCGGAUCCGGAGGAGCCCACUCGGAAAGCGCCUCACGCGUCCCCGCUUACCGCUCUCUCCGUGAACGAGAACGGGUUCGUCGUCCAACAAAAUCAAUCCUGUUUAUCUGCGUCCUCGUCUUCGUCUUCGUCGUCGUCGUCGUCAUCAUCGUCGGAAAAGCAAAACCUGUGGGAUCAUUCUCGAGACUCGAGAAGGAAAACGGACGAGAAUCGAGGCGAGUGUCUAGUCUGGACCGACGCGUGCGGUAGUGGUAGUGGUGGUAGUGGUGGUGGUAGUUGUGGUGGUGGUGGUAGUGGUGGUGGUAGUGACGAUGGUAGUGGUGGUGGCGAUGGUGGUGACGUUAAGACGAACGGAGAAGCGAGCGAAUGUAUCGCGACGACGACAACGAGCAUCGCUACGACAACGAUAACGACGACGACGACGACUAUAAGCGCGACGUUGCCGCGAAGAAGCAAGAGAGAAGGAGGGGAUCCGUUCAGCGCGCACGUGGAUCGAGUGUUCGAGCGGGAGGAGAGACAAGGGGAGCAAGCGAGCGGUGUAACGGCGACGACGACGAGGGACUCGCCGAGCAGACAGAGCUCUUGGAGCAGUUACGACAGUGCCGUGGUCCUCGAAAACAACAACUCGGUGCACAGUUCCUGGGCCACGUUACCUUCGAGAAACAGCUCGUGGGGCUCGUACGACAUGCGGCCAUCCGACCUCCUCGGUUCCAGCGGCCUCUUCCCGUACGACAAGGAAGAUAUACCUUGGCAUCCGGGUACCGUGAAACGUACGAAGCAGAAGCUCGAGGAGGGUAACGCGUCGUCGAACAGCGUGAAACGCGUGUGCACGCAAAAUUCGGACGGGGCCGAGGAGGAAUCGUACAAUCCUCCUGUACUUUUGCAUCACGCGGCGUCCCCGACGCCGCCCCGUAGAAGGGAUUCCUCGCCCGGCGGCGGCGGCCAUAACAACAAUAAUCGCAACUCGAAGAUGGUGGAUCCGUUGGUCGUAGUUAGAAAUUGUCCCAGCCCCGCGAGGGGGAUCGAUAUCUCGCCCUCGUCCUCCUCCUCCUCCUCCUCCUCGAUGAUCCGUCAUGUUGGAAGAUUGUCGACCAGCGCCCCGGCACCCUCCUCCCUCUCCUCGGACUCGGAUUUACCCUCGUCAUUGAGAUCGUGCAGGUCGGAGAGCGAAACGUCGUCGAGUCCUUGCGUGGUCAACACCACUCAAUGCCCUUCCGUCAAGCAUCACAAAAUGGUUCUCGAGAAUCUAAACAACACCAACAACAAUAACACCAACCAAAAGUUGAUGUUCAACAAACAACGUUGCCUGUCCGUCGACGACUCACCCGGCGAGACAGAGUGCUCGCGAACCAAUCCUACCAACGUUGCGGCCAUCGCCGUCACAACCGCCGUCACUACCGCGGCGACCACUAUCUCCGGCCUCGUGAAGAAUCUGAAGAAGGAGUUCGAGGCGAAGUCGAGCAAAUUGGAGAAGAGUCCGGAAAGCGGCAACAGUUUCGAGAACGAUUCCUCCCCGAUCGUAUCGUAUCCAUCGUCCUCGUCCUCGUCGUCAUCGAUGAUCGUGAUCGGUGGUAGCGGUUGCGGUAGUGGUAGUGGUAGUGGUGGUGGUGGUAGUAGUGGUGGUCGAGGCACGAAAAGAGACGCGAAGAUUCGAAGCUUGCCCUCGUCACCUGUUAUUCCGCACGACGAAUCCAAGAUUCAGGCCUCGUCCGAAACCAAAGAGAAGAAGGGAGGAGGAGGAGGAGGGGGGAAGGAGAGCGCGAAUACACAGCAGGAAAAUUCGGAAGACCGGUCGGUAAGGGUUCUGGUCGGUAAAUACGAGGUCGGUAAACCAGAUUUGAGAAAAUCGACCGAGAUCCAAUUGCGGGUGCACAGAGACAAGGAUUGGGAGUCGAUCGAUUCGCAGCAACAGCAACAGCAACAACGACACGGCAAGUCGUCGAGAAUUACGGCCGAGUAUAGCAGAAGAUCGGCACCGAUCCUGAUCAAUAAUCAUUCGUCCUCGUCCUCAUCCUCCUCGUCGUCUCCGUUGUUCGGUGAAACGGCGCCGGAAGCACCAGGCAGGCCACCAGUCCCAUCUGCGGGAACCGGGUCCACGGGUAAUAAGAAACAACAACAACAUGGCAGGACGCAUCCUCUCGCCAGGCUGCAGGUCAGGCCUAGGCACAGCAGUCCGGUUUAUAACACGAUGUAAAAAAGAAAAAAGAAAGUAAAACGAAGAGAGAAGAAGAAGAAGAAGAAGAACAAGACGAAGAAGAAGAACAAGAAGAAACGUUUAUCGAUUUGGUUCUCUUUCUCUCUCCUCUCUCUCUUUAACAUUCUCUCUCUUUUUCUCCCCCCCCCCCCUCCUUUUCCUCUCUCGAAUUUGAGCGCGCGUACCUGAAUACACGGGUAUGUUGUCGUGACCACAAUGUGAAAACCGCGUGAUCUCUGUACGAUGCCAACGAGACGAGAAUCAUCCUGUUCGAGCUCGACGACGAAUCGACGGGGACUCGGAUAUUUGUAUAGAUUUGUUUCCCACCAUCUUCGAUGUGUACAAUUUUACCCUAUUCGGCGAGAAUGUAAUCUAUUUCUGAGCGACGAUACGACAGAGCACCCGUAUUUUUUCGAUGCAUAUUUCUUCGAACGGGUAGGGUGUUGAAACGACGACGACGAUGACGAUGACGACGGUGAUGAUGAUGAUGAUGAUGAUGAUGGUGAUGAUGAUGGUGAUGAUGAUGAUGAUGAUGAUAGUGAUGAUGAUGAUGAUGAUGAUGGUGAUGAUGAUGACGAUGAUGAUGAUGAUGAUGAUGAUGAUGAUGAUGAACUUUUCUUCGCGCGUUGGAAAAUCGUGUUUUAUCCCGCGAGUAUCGUUGCUACGUAAUUUCGUUCCGAUUUUUAUAUCCGCGAUAAUCGAAUCGAAAAUUCCUUCGUGUUCAAAAGCGAUAAAAAAAAAAAAAUAUUCGAAAUGAGCGAUCGAUGAGCGGAAAAAUAGUGAAUAAAUGGGUAAAUAGUUUGUUGUGAACGAGAUGAUUAGUCUUCUAUCGAAAAUUCGAAAAGAUACAAGUGCCUUGUCCUACCGUCGACGAUUGUAUAUGAUCGUAUAUAGAUAUAUUUGUAAUAAGGCACGUUCAAGGUCCUUUUAACGUUUUUAUGUUCCUUCUCACACGUCAGACGCGUGGUCUUUGGCCUGCUCUUCGUUAUUUUUUAAGCUGGAAAUGCAACAAUUCUAUAGGAAGAUACGAAAGAAGAAGAAGAAGAAAAAGAAAACGCUAUUAUUCCUACGACGUGUCGUCAUCCGUAGAUCUAAUAAUGGGCUUGGAAUCAAACGUGAUGUUUGCGGGGGUUGGGUCGCGCAAAAGUUGGAGCCCGGCGGUGAGCUCGGUCAGGCUGUGAACGAAAGGUCCGGGCCUCCCGCUAUCUCGCUCAAAUACUGGCUCUCCGGCUCCUCCUUUUGUCAUUCGCGUUGUGAUCACCGAGGCGUAUGCGAAACACAGAGAUUCUAUAUGAUAAUAAUAAUAAUAUAAACAAACACUUCGGAACGACGACGUGUAACGUUAACCUGUACUAUUUAGCGUAUUUUAGAGCGAACAAUGUGAUUAGGAAUGGUGCACAGUAUGCGAGGAGACGAAAGUAACGAAAAACCCUCUCUCUCUCUCUCUCUCUCUCUAUUAUUAUUUUUUAUUAUUACUAUUAUUAUUAUUAUUACUAUUAUUAUUAUUACUAUUAUUAUUAUUGUUAUUACUAUUAUUUUUAUUAUUAUUA